CGCCGGGGCCCGGCCGCUCGGACGGGAAAUGGCGGCGCCGCCGCGGCCCUGCCAGGACCCGGCCCGGCGCGCGUCACUUCCGCCGCGCGGCGAUGGCGGGGCGGGCGCGCGGCUGAGCGGCGCGAUGGAGGGCGGGCGGGCCCCCCCCUGCACCGCGCAGGUCAGCUUCGUCUGCCAGCGCUGCAGCCAGCCCCUCAAGCUCGACACCUCCUUCAAGAUCCUCGACCGCCUCACCAUCCAGGAGCUCACCGCCCCGCUGCUGACCACCGCCCCGGCCCGGCCCGCGGACGCGCAGGAGGAGGAGAGCGCCCUGACCGAGGUACGGCGGGGAGGGGGCGGCGGGACCCCCGGGCCUCCGGUGACCGUGUCCCCUCGCCCGCAGGAGACCUUCGCGGAGAACCGGCAGGAUGGCGUGUCCCGGAGGUUCAUCCCGCCAGCCAGGAUGAUGUCCACAGAAAGCGCCAACAGCUUCACGCUGAUCGGGGAGGCGUCAGAUGGCGGCACCAUGGAAAACCUCAGCCGGAGGCUGAAGGUCACUGGGGACCUCUUUGACAUCAUGUCUGGGCAGACCGACGUGGAUCACCCCCUGUGUGAGGAGUGCACGGACACGCUGCUCGACCAGCUGGACACACAGCUCAACAUCACUGAGAACGAGUGCCAGAACUACAAGAGAUGUCUGGAGAUCCUGGAACAAAUGAAUGAGGAUGAUAAGGAGAAACUGCAGACAGAACUGAAAGAACUUGCCCUGGAGGAAGAGCAGCUGAUUCAGGAGCUGGAGGAUGUCGAGAAGAACCGCAAGGUUGUGGCCGAGGACUUUGAGAGAGUCCGGGCAGAGGCAGAGCGGCUGGAGCAGGAGGAGGCUCAGUACCAGAAAGAAUACUGUGAGUUCAAGAGGCAGCAGCUGGAGCUGGAUGAUGAGCUGAAAAGUGUGGAAAACCAAAUGCGCUACGCCCAGAUGCAGCUGGAUAAACUGAAGAAAACCAACGUCUUCAACGCCACCUUCCACAUCUGGCACAGUGGUCAGUUUGGCACAAUAAAUAACUUCAGGCUUGGCCGUCUCCCCAGCGUUCCCGUGGAGUGGAACGAGAUCAACGCUGCCUGGGGGCAGACGGUGCUGCUGCUCCAUGCCCUCGCCAACAAAAUGGGGCUCAAGUUCCAAAGAUACCGGCUGGUACCCUAUGGCAACCACUCGUACCUGGAGUCGCUGACGGACAAAUCCAAGGAGCUCCCCCUGUAUUGCUCAGGAGGCCUGAGAUUCUUCUGGGACAAUAAGUUUGAUCAUGCAAUGGUGGCUUUUCUGGACUGCGUGCAGCAGUUCAAGGAGGAAGUGGAGAAAGGUGAAACCCGGUUCUGUUUGCCUUACAGGAUGGAUGUGGAGAAAGGAAAGAUUGAAGACACCGGUGGCAGCGGUGGCUCCUACUCGAUUAAAACACAGUUUAACUCGGAGGAGCAAUGGACAAAAGCACUAAAAUUCAUGUUAACUAACCUGAAGUGGGGUCUCGCCUGGGUCUCGUCCCAGUUCUACAACAAGUAACCGUGUGGAGAACUCAUCCUGGCAGCUGUGGAGUGUCUGCACCGCAUCAGAGAAAGUCAGAUCAAGACGUCUCUUAAUAUUAACCAGUACAAAAUGUUUACAAUACCAAAAAUCCACAAGACACUUUAUUUAAAAUACCAUUAUUACAAGUAGUCUAUAGAAAAGCAAUAUGUAAAGUUAUAUCAUGGACCUGAACAGAAAAAUAAAAAAAAUCAGGUGUUAAAUAGAA